AGCCAACUUAAUGCUAGGCCUAUUGCUUAUGCCAAGCCAAGCCAACUCACUUGGGCCUGCGAGACAGAGUCUUGGGGUCUUGUGCAUGGGUUAUAAGGAGGGUUUAGAAAAUCCCCAACAGUAUAGAGACAGCCUCCCAACCUGAAGCAAAUACUCACCAGCAAUCGCACACCAUACAACAAGGCUUGUUACCCAGUCAGAGAAAGCUAUCAGAUAAUCGCUCAGAUAUCUCCUCAGUAAGCUGGCAGAACCUGGAACAGAACCCAACUGCCAGUUAGAUGGGAGAAAUUCUUCAGCCCCAACUUUUUUCAGCAAAACAUGCGGAUUCAGACACACUGAGGCGUUUCAUGAAUUCAGGAGAAGCCAAGACUCAAACAGACAUUCAUACUGCUGCAAGCAAAUGCACAUAGGAAUGUGGCUGGGGUUUGGUGUUCCAUCCUCAAUGGCUAGAAUCCCAACUUCUGUAGUACUAGCCAUUUGCCUGACUUGCCUCUUCUCAAGCGUCGGCAGUCAGACCCCGAGGAACGUCAAGGAGAGCACGAUUCCAUUUAAGGUUCUACACCAGGAGCAGGUUUACAGUCUUAUCCAAUCGAGCUUGUUCCAGGAUGUCAGAGCCUCCUCCAACGAGUCGAAUGACACCCCUGAAAACGCCCAGUCACAGCUACCCCUGCCCACUAUGUGUAUAAAGCCUGCUGAAAUCAGACACAUCUUCAAGUACAUCAAUACCAUCGUGUCCUGCACCAUCUUCAUGGUGGGCAUCAUCGGCAACUCCACCCUGCUGAGGAUCAUUUACAAGAACAAAUGCAUGAGGAAUGGGCCCAAUGUCCUCAUUGCUAGCUUGGCUCUUGGGGACCUUCUCUACAUCCUCAUAGCUCUUCCCAUCAAUGUGUACAAGCUAUUGGCAGAAGACUGGCCAUUCGGCGUCCAGGUAUGCAAGCUGGUUCCAUUCAUUCAGAAGGCAUCUGUGGGCAUCACAGUCCUCAGCCUCUGUGCACUCAGCAUAGACAGGUACAGAGCGGUGGCCUCCUGGAGCCGGAUCCAGGGCAUAGGGAUCCCCAUGUGGAAGGCAGUCGAGGUGAUGCUGAUCUGGGCUGUGGCUAUCGUCCUGGCCGUCCCUGAAGCCAUUGCCUUCGACAUGGUGGAGCUGAACUAUCGCGAGCAGAUGCUCUGGGUCUGCAUGCUGUCCGCUGAACAGAACUCCAGAUUUACCCUGUUCUACAGGGAUGUGAAGGAUUGGUGGCUUUUUGGCUUCUAUUUCUGCCUGCCUCUGGCAUGCACCGGUGUCUUCUAUACCCUCAUGUCCUGCGAGAUGCUGAGCAAGAGGAACGGCAUGAGAAUUGCCUUCAAUGACCACAUGAAGCGGCGCCGGGAGGUUGCCAAGACAGUGUUCUGCCUGGUGGUGAUCUUCGCACUCUGCUGGCUGCCUCUCCACCUGAGUAGGAUCCUGAAGAAGACCAUCUAUGACCAGACCGACCCCAACAGAUGUGAAUUGCUGAGUUUCCUCCUGGUGAUGGACUACUUUGGUAUCAACAUGGCCUCCCUGAAUUCCUGCAUCAAUCCCAUAGCUCUCUACUUCGUCAGCCGGAAAUUCAAGAACUGCUUUCAGUCCUGUCUGUGCUGCUGGUGCCAGAGACCAGCCUUGAGCAGCGCACCAACGGAUGAUAAGGGAUCUGUUGGGAAGUGGAAAGCCAACGGGCAGGAAUUGGGGCUGGACCGAAGCAGCUCCCACCUGAGUAAUAAGUACAGCUCUUCCUAAAGAACCAUAAAUCAAUUGGAGAGCUCGCCGCAAGAGCUGAAAGGAGCCAUCCAUCCCACUCACAGUCAUUUCCUGGCUGGCUGGCUCUGAGUCACUUGCUUUCCUUUCACAGAUCCAUUGGAAAAAGCAGCAACACUUCACUUACCAUUGAACUAGCCACUGCCGGGGGCCUUGGAACCUCACUUCUCAUCUGUUCCUUUAUAAUCAUCUUUUUUGUUUUCCUCAAAGGACCUUUUGGGUUUUAAAUCCUGCUGGAGAAGCUGAGUGACCCACGGCGCUAUCUGUCUCCAGACGGCAAGACCAUUAGAUGGGGAGGGAUGGUGCUGUGGGUGAUGUCACGUUUAAACUGACAAGGGACAUCACUGGCGGAGGUCAAUUCUGAUCCUCCAAGUUGAUACAUUAAGAAGCUCAGGUGAAACCAAAGCAGCUGCAUCACAGGCCUAUAGCCUUCCCCUCUUUGCUGCUGGGACACAAUUACUGGGGGUGAAAUUCACCCUGGACAGCCAGCCAGCAGAAGUCCGAGGCACCACUUAAGCCCUGUUUAAGCUCAGAGGGUGCCUAGGAAUUGUGCUGCCCUCUGCCCAUGGGUGAAUUUCACCCUGCAUGUCUAUAGUGUAACAACACAGUGAUGUAUAUAGAAUAGAGCUGCUUAGGUGAUGUUAUAUUCUUAGUAGAAAUGGGGUUAAGAAAAUGUUCCUUUUUUGAAAUUGUAGCAUACAAAGAAAUGGACUGUUGUAGCUUCUCCCCUCUCCUUUCCGGCAGCUCCUUCACAGUGAGAGCUGUGUCUGGUCACGCUGGUGUUUGUAAAGGCAAGCACAGGAAUGGCAGCCUUGGCUAGAGUCAACGUGGGCAAAAACCAGGCACUGUUGGCUGUCAUCCACCACUCAACUCUGCCAACUUGUCCUUAAUUGUUAUCUGCAGCAUGUUGCUCCAGUCCUGGUCCUUCUGAACAGGAAAGAUCAGCUCUGCUGGGGUUGUGCUAUGAACAGAUGCCAGCAAGCUCACUGCACAUGUCACCUAAGUUAGGAGAUGAACUAGAAGUGAAAGGGAACCCUUGAUCACCAUUGGGUCUGAGCAAUGCUGGCUGCGUACCUAGCUACAGGAACACUGUACUGCAUAAAUUCAUAGAGUCUAAGGCCAGAGAGGCCUGCUAGAUCAUUUCUCUGAUCUUCUAUAUAUCACAGUCCAGAAAAUGUCAUCCAGUUCCUCUUGGCUUGAGCCCAUUGGCUUGUGCUUGGCUUAAGCCUGUCUACCAGAAAGACCUGUCUUGAUUUGAAGGCUUCCAGAGAUAGCAAAGCCACCGCGUCCCUUGGUAGUCCAUUUGUGUGAUUCAUCAAACUCAGGGACACAGUUCAGAGACCUCUAAGGAAACCCCAAGUGCUGCAAGAAGUGGUGCUGGAGACUCCUUAGGACGUACUGGUCCCUCUCUUGCAAUACUGAAACAAUGCUCCAGCAUGGUGCUGCUGGCACUGCCGUUUGGCAGACUAGCCAUAAACUCACAAUUCUGCCCACUCAUGGUGGUCUAUAGGCCCGUCGCUCUCCGUGCUAGCAUCACAGCUGGGAGCCCUCAUGCACAGGGGCCAGAUUCCAGCAUAGGGCUUACGAGAGCUGCUCAGAAUAUGGUGAAGAGCCUUCACGGACAUAGUCGACCAUUCAGAUGGGCUUUCACCCCACAGCUUCCACAAAGGAACAAUCUUGCAUUUAUUCCAAUGAUGUCAUGAACAUUUUUAUGGGGAAUUUUCAUGGAGGAGGGGGUCAGGUUUUCUCCUCCUUUCUUUCCUUUUCUUUAUUUGCCUCUUUGCCCCCUUUUCCAU